AUGUUAGCAACAACUUUACCAAACUCUUUAGUUAUGAACCCAACUUCAAUGUUAGUAGAGAUGAAAAGCUUCAUUCCUUCUUCAUAUACUUUCGAAACAGAAAUCCAGAAGAUAAAGCAAGAACUUCUCCAAGGAGAUUUAGACUGUAGUGCGAAAGAUGAAACAAAUGAACAAUAUCUUUAUGAAAUGCAGGAUAUUAUUGACCAUCUACCUAAACUUCCUGAAAUACAACAACAAAAGCUCACUAUUCCAGAAUUUGAAGAAAUAGAAGUCAAAGCAACUGACUCGGUAGAAAUAAAGAAGUUCAUACGUAAGGUUAACUAUGAGUUUCUUGGAUUUCAUUGCAACCACAAAGUCAUGGACAAAGACUGCGACAUGGUAUAUAAGAACAUCUCUGACAUAUAUAAAUCUGAAGAAUUUAAGACC